CAAAGCCAGCUACUGAUAAAAAGGGGCUGGUUCCUUCUAUGUGGUCAGAGGACGGUGGCAGAAGUGACGAUAGGCUUUGCCAGUACUUCAGGACACAAGAACAGACAGGAUCAUGAGUCAGACAGCUGCCAGCAGCCUGAAGACCCUUGGAGUUGAUUUGCUCCAAAAGCAAAAUGCCCGUCUUCAUCACACUGAGGAAUAUCGUGAGACCACCAGUCUGAUUGUGAGGCGAGGGCAGGUGUUUCAGUUAAAGCUGACCUUUGACCGGGAGCUGAAAGACAAUGACGAAGUGGUGGUGCAGCUCAGUGUCGGUGAGAAACCAAUGGAAUCCAACGAGACCCUUUUGUCAAUGAACCUGAGGUCUAGGCAGGACUCCCGGUGCUGGUGUGCCAACAUCUCUAACACCAGUGGGAAGGAGUGCCUGGUAGCUGUGACCAGUCCGGCAGAUGCAGCUGUUGGAAAAUACUUUCUGAGUGUGAAAACUGGGCCUCACAUUUAUAACCCUGGAAACAAAGUUGUCUACGUGUUGUUCAACCCUUGGUGUGAAGCUGACACAGUUUUCAUGCCUAAUGAUACUGAAAGAUUGGAGUACGUUCUCAGUGACACAGGCUACAUCUAUGUUGGAUCAAUACAAAAUAUAGUUGGAAGACCCUGGAAUUUUGGACAGUUUGAGGAAGACGUCUUGGACUCCUGUAUGUAUCUCCUGGACAAAAGUAAACUCAAGCAAAAAGUUAGAAAAGAUCCUGUGAUUGUGUCCAGAGCCAUGUCUGCCUUGGUUAAUUCCAAUGAUGACUCAGGAGUCCUUUUUGGGAACUGGUCAGGAACCUAUACUGGCGGAACCUCCCCCGUGGCCUGGACAGGAAGUGCUCCAAUUUUGCAGAAAUACUACAAAACAAAAAAACCCAUCUGCUUUGGUCAGUGCUGGGUUUUCUCUGGAGUUCUUACUACAGCCAUGCGCUGCCUGGGGAUUCCAGCCAGAAGUGUGACUAACUUCGCCUCGGCUCAUGAUACUGAGGAAAAUCUGAAAGUUGACAUCUACCUGAAUGAAAAAGGCGAAAAACUGGAUGACAUGACAUCAGACUCUGUCUGGAAUUUUCACGUGUGGAAUGAUGUGUGGAUGAAAAGGCCAGACUUGCCCCAGGGUUUUGAUGGUUGGCAGGCAGUUGAUGCCACCCCACAGGAGAUAAGUCAAGGUGUUUACCAGUGCGGCCCUUGUCCACUAAAAGCCAUCAGAAGUGGAGAAGUCUAUUUGCUGUACGACUCCAAGUUUGUGUUUGCUGAAGUGAAUGCCGACAGGGUCUUCUGGCAAGUGAAGAACGUGAAUGGCAAACAGAAACUUGUCAAACUGCGUGAGGAGACCAAGGCCAUUGGGAAGAGCAUCAGCACCAAAGCUGUUGGGAAGAACACAAGGGAAGACAUUACGACACAGUACAAAUUCCCAGAAGGCUCUCCAGAGGAAAGGAAAGCCGUGGAAAAGGCUUGCUCCUAUCUGAACUCUUCAAAUUUGGCAGUUUGUGAGAACACAACUCCUCUUCCACCCCUCCAGGCUGGGAUCCAACUGGACGUAGAGGGCGAAAAAGUUUUAUGGCUGGGCAAUCCCAUUAAUCUGAACAUCAUUGUACAAAACAGUUCUGCUGGUGCAUGGACGAUCAAUCUCGUUGCCUCUUGCCAACUGCAGUCCUACACCGGGAAAGUAGAGGCCAAUCUUGGAUCCAUCAAACAGACUGUCCAGACCGAAGGGAAACCUGUUAUUCAGCUCCCUCUGAAUAUAGCAGCUGAUGCUUAUAUGAAGACUAUAACAUCUGUUGAGGAUGAACUUCUCAUCACAGUCAACGUUAUUGCUGAGAUUCAGGAAACUAAUGAAAAGCUCACUGAUGAGCUAACACUAACGUUCCAAUACCCCCCUCUCAAGAUGGAGAUGCCAGAAACUGCAAAGAUUAAUGAAGAUUUUAUCUGCUCCUUUAUCUUCAAAAAUACCUUGUCUAUUCCCUUGGAAAAAUGCAAAUUGCAUGUAGAAGGACUGGGCAUUUUUAAAAUGGAAACGAUUGAUCAAGGGGACAUAAUGCCUGGUAGGAUCAUUAAAUCCCAAAUAAUAUGUGCUCCAAAUAAAACAGGAGAGAAAAAAAUUGUAGCCAAACUGACUUCUAACCAAGUCAAAGGAAUAUCUGGGGAAAAGACGAUUACCAUCACCGCCUAGGGGAAUUACUGAAUAUCUUAACAGGGUGUCAGUCUUGGUCUUGCUGAAUAUGUACUAGAGAUGGAUGUCACUGGCACUUCCUGCCUCCUUGAUUAGUGGAUUAUAGGCUAUAAUAGGAGAUAAAGUAAUGUAAGUGGCUUAAGGGCACAGUUGCUUUGAUUCUAGUUAAUGGGGAUUUAAUAAAGAUUGUUAAUCUACUCUCACAUGUAUUAAUUUGUCUGUUUAUGAUGAUUAAGGACUUGUUUUGAGAAAGUGGGAAUGGUUAGACUCUGGCUCACGCUGGGGUUAGCUUUUCCUUUUGUAACAAUCACAAGCUUUGUGUAAUGAUAAUGCCAUCAGUAUCUGCACACUGUUUUGCCUUUUUAAACUCCCGCGUUGGGUGAAGUAAUGAUUUAUCUGUCCAUUACUGUCAUGCCCAUUUUGGUGUUCCAUGUAUGCCUCAAUUCAUAGGAUGGAUUGUGCUGUAUCAUAUGUUACCGGACUGACAGUAUCAUGCACUGUCAUGGUUGAUAUGCAGGUAUUACGCAUUACUGUGCUCAUUGUAGCAUACUGUGAGGUUUCACCACACAUAACAUGGCUUUUCUUAAAGGAACAGCCUAAAACUGGAUCCCAAGCAGAGGUCUUCUGAACAGUCCCCCUUUUAUUAUCUGUUGCGUAAAUUCUUUUUAAUUUGCACUUGUCUCUUUCAUGACAAUAAACCUUGUUAUUGUUGGGUUCUGUAA